CCCCCCCCCACGCUGCCCCCCCCCCCGCAGGGCUGAAAUAUUUGCACUCGGCCGGCGUGCUCCAUCGGGACAUCAAGCCGGGGAACCUGCUGGUGAACAGCAACUGCGUCCUCAAGAUCUGCGACUUCGGGCUGGCGCGGCUGGAGGAGCCGGAUGAGGGGCAGCCCAUGACGCAGGAGGUGGUGACCCAGUACUACCGGGCCCCCGAGAUCCUCAUGGGCACCCCCCACUAUGGCCCCCCCAUCGACCUCUGGGCCGUCGGCUGCAUCUUCGCCGAGCUGCUCGGCCGGCGCAUCCUCUUCCAGGCCUCCAGCCCCAUCCAGCAGCUGGACCUGAUCACAGACCUACUCGGCACCCCCCCUCCCCACGCCCUGCGCUCGGCCUGCGAGGGGGCCCGGGCCCACGUGCUGCGAGGGGCCCACAAACCGCCCGCGCUAUCCGUGCUGCACCUGCUGUCGGGGGAGGCGACCCACGAGGCCGUUCACCUGCUCUGCCGCCUGCUGGUCUUCGACCCCGUGAGUCGCCUGGACGCCGGGGUCCCCUCCCCGUCCCUGGCAGCGCUGGGGUUCCCUGCCCGGAUGCCGGG